AUUCCAAGAUGGCAGCGUCCAUAUCAACAUUUUGCAUUUCUGAUAAAGUAUUUCCCCAGCUGAUCUUAGGCCAUUAGUACACAUGUAAAGCGGUAUUUCCUAUUUAUGAUAAUAUAUUGAAACAAAACUAGAUCAUCAUGCCUAUCAAGGAAUUAGUUGCCUCCCUGAGUGACAAUCCAUACUUUGGAGCAGGAGCAGGAUUGUUUGGUAUAGGAAUGUUUACUGCCUUAGCCAAGAAGGGAACACAGAUGGGUAUGAUACUAUUCAGAAGGCACUGUAUGAUGAGUCUAGAGGUAACCAGCAAGGACAAGAGUUACUAUUGGUUGUUGAACUGGAUCUCCAUUUGUGGAACACAUACGCAGCAUUUGAGUGUAGAAACAUCAUUCAGUCAGUCGGAAACAGGAAAAAUAAACACAACAUUUGACUUCAUACCAAGUCCUGGUAGCCAUUUCUUUAGACAUAAAAGUACAUGGAUUCGAGUGGAAAGAAAUAGAGAAAAACAAAUGGUUGAUUUCCAGAGAGCUGCACCCUUUGAAAGUGUUACUCUGACAGCAGUUGGUUUCAAUCGAAGUAUUUAUUUUGACAUUUUAGAAGAAGCAAGACAGUUAGCGCUUCAAAAACAAGAGGGUAAAACUAUUAUGUAUACAGCCAUGGCUGCCGAAUGGAGGCCAUUCGGAUAUCCUCGGAGGAAAAGACCGAUUGAAUCUGUUGUAUUAGAUGAAAGAAUAUCAGAACGUAUUAUAAAUGAUGUUAAGGAAUUUACCCAGAAUUCUAAAUGGUACAUGGAUAGAGGGAUACCUUAUAGACGUGGAUAUUUAUUGUAUGGACCACCUGGUUGUGGUAAAAGUAGUUAUAUAACAGCAUUAGCAGGAUCCCUAGAUUACAGUAUAUGUGUGUUAAACCUGAGUGAGAAGGGUCUGUCUGAUGACCGACUGAAUCAUUUACUGGCAGUUGCACCAGAGCAGAGCAUUAUACUACUAGAAGAUAUAGAUGCUGCAUUCUUAAACAGAGAUUUAGCAAAAGAAAAUCCUGUAGCUUACAGUGGAAUGGGACGUUUGACACUCAGUGGAUUACUGAAUGCUAUGGAUGGAGUAGCCUCAGCAGAAGCCAGAAUUAUUUUUAUGACAACUAAUUAUUUAGAGAGAUUGGAUCCAGCUUUAAUUAGACCAGGUCGAGUGGAUGUUAAGGAACUGAUAGAUCACUGCACUAGCUACCAGCUAGAGAGAAUGUUUAUGAGAUUUUAUCCCGAUGAACCUGAAUCAAAUGCUCAAAUGUUUUCACACAAAAUACAAUCGUUAGGUAAACAUGUUAGUGCUGCACAAGUGCAGGGACUUUUCCUUAAACACAAAGACAAUCCAGAGAAUGCUUUAAAUGAUGUAGAGUUUUUAUGGGCAUCUUGAUAUCAGAAAUAAAUAUUUUU